GGUGCUCCGCCUAAAGAUUCCGUUCGGAAGCAAGGAAAACAUGGUUUUAUCCUCCUUCUCCUAAAUACCUUCUAUCUCAAUCAGACUCCAGCUGCAAAGUGUAGGAAACAAUCUUUACUUCCAGGAUCCUUCAUGCCAUCUCUACGUUGUCUGGGAGCCUUGCGCCAGUACCGGAACGUUUACUAUCGCCCCCAUUUUCCUCCCGUAAGAAACUAGAGGAAACAACGUCCGUUUCCGGUUGGCUCCGACUGGAAGGUUGAAUAUUGAGUGUCCUGGGAGGUCAGAUUGCUGUCAGCCUUUCAGACAUGGCUGAUGGACAUGGACAUGGAGAGGGACAUGGACAUGGACAUGGUAAAAUGGAACUUCCAGAUUACAGACAGUGGAAGAUUGAAGGGACACCGUUAGAAACGGUGCAGAGGAAGCUUGCUGCGCGAGGGCUCAGAGAUCCGUGGGCUCGUAAUGAGGCUUGGAGAUACAUGGGCGGCUUUGCAGGCGACAUCACCUUCACGAGUGUAAUACUAAAAGGAUUCAAAUGGGGGUUUGCUAUGUUUGUGGUAGCUUUAGGGGCUGAAUAUUUCCUGGCUUCCCAGAAUCCUUCCCAGAAUGCUGAUAAGAAGCAUCACUGAAGAGAGCACCUUGUGACGUCUCGAUCAUAAAAAUAAGAUUCUCUCACUGUAGCAUCCUUGGCUGUAUGUUUGUCCUUGAAAGAAUAUUAGUAUGGUUUAAUAAAGUAAGGAAAACUCUUGUUUUUGUAACUCUUAAAUAAAAUUAAAAAGAAAAAUGUAA